UAAAGCCACUCCUUUCUCAGGGCAUAUCUAAAAUGGUUGUGUUGUGCCGGGAGGGAAAUGCCGUGAAGCAAUCAACAACUUCAAAAGCCUGUAGCCACUUUCAGAUUUAUUCUGGUUUUCUUUUGGGAGGAUUUGGCAGUUUGAGGAGUUUUUAGGGUUUUUUUUUUGUUUGUUUUUUUGUUUUUGUUUAUUUAUGUGAAUUACUAGUGGAUUUUGUUUGGAAGUCACAUGCCAAAAUUCAGACUUGAAUUUUGAUAUACUUUCUCCAUUCCUGAUGAAGAUGUGGGCAAUGAAGGUCACCAUCCUCCUCCUGUUCUGCUACGCUUGUCAUUCCACUGGCAAUGAGAGUGUGUAUUUCAUCUCCAGAAACUUCAACAACACACUCCAUUGGCAUCAUUUCGAACCUGAUUUCCCAGAGGAAGAGGUUUUCUACAGCGUCCAGUACCGGAGUGAUUUGAAGGAUUAUGAUUACCAGAUUAAAGAGGAGUGUCAGAACAUUACUGCUCUAACCUGUGACCUGACUGCAGAAACCCCAUCAAUUUUGGAUGUUCACUACAUGGCUCAGGUGUUUGCCAAUGGUCACCUGCUUGGCCGCACAAACACUUUUAAGCCAAUAGCAGAAACUGUGCUUAGUGAACCUAUGUUGAACAUAUCCACGAUGACAUCAUCCUUACACAUUAAUGUCACACUGCCUUUGGGACCAAAUGGCAAAUCUAUUGCAGACAUUUUUAACAGCUCCAAACGCUGGCCAUCCAUACCAUCAACUUAUUAUAUCUUAGUUAUCACCCAACCAAAGUGGGCUGCACAGAGCAAUAAAACUGAAAAUAACUACUUUGUCAUCAACUUGAAGAACAACCACACAGAGUAUUGUGGCUACGUGGUCUACAUGCCAAACUCUGAAUGGGGCCGGUCUCCGAGUCAGAAAGCCUUGUUCUGUGCCACACUGAAAGAAGACCCCUGGAUACUUUUGCCAUGGCUCCUCAUGAGUGCAACCAUUCUGACUAUCAUAGCCAUAGUCUCUGUGGUGUAUAUGUGCAGAUACAUAAAGGGUGGAAAAGGAAAAGACAUGGCACGGGAUUUGGUAAAUCCAUCAGGCAAUAACCCGGUGCCAGUGUUGCAAUCUCCAGAUGCAGAUCUUAUUAUUUCUGUGCCUGUGGUUUGUACUCAAAUUGAACAAAUGGUGUACAGCACCAUAAUGGUACAACCAAGAAGGCCAUCCACUGGGAUAGCAGGCUAUUCUCCACAAGACAUCAUCUGCCAGGUUAUGCAAGGAGACAAUAACUCCUGUGUGAGCACAGGUCUACGGAGUCAAUCUGUUAGGUGUCAGGACACAAGCACCCAGUCAUCAGAAAUUUAUGGUGCAGUGGCUGUCCAUGUUUCUUCUGCAUAUGAUGAUUUUCACAAAGAUACCAUAAAGGACCAAGACACCUGUAGGCCCCUGAGGUGCAACAUUGGAGAAAGCUGUGCAAAUGGUGGUACAAGCCCAAAGUUGAUCUCACAUGAUUCACUCAUAUUACCUAACUUGGAUGACUAUGAGAAUGACCCAGGGAGACCACUACUGCUGAAGACAAUGCGGGAUAACAAUGGAAAACUGAUACUGUCUACUCUCACGCAUCAAUUGCAAAGCUCCAAGGACAGGCCAGCAUCACCUGUUAAUGUUGAGAGAAAACUACAGUUGUCAGACCUGACUGAUUCCAACAGGGGAAUGUCGGUAUCAUCACUGCACAGCACUGACAGCUCGGAGUGGACAGACUCAGGAUGGGAUGAGAGCACCAUUAACAGCCCAGUCCAUUUUGUCUGCAAAACGAAUUACUUCCCAAAUCAACUUGCACUGCCUGAUUUCAACACAGGAUGUAUGAGCCCACCGACUGAAAAUGUUAUAAUUCAGUCAGCUUACAAACAAAACUGGAUACCUGCUGUGACUCCUGAAAAGGAAUCUGAGGACAUUUGUAACUACAGCAAAACAAAUACACGUUGGCUUUGAACUAAUGUCAAAAACGAAGAGGAAGAAAAAAGGAAAGUUGAGGAGAGCUCAAAGGAAAAUAUUCUAGGAGGUUGGGUGGUUCACAUUCAAGAAUAAUACUUGUGAUUUGUGAGGCAAAAAAGCUGCCAGUAUCAUUUCAAAUAUGACAGACAUUUCACACUGACUGAUGUAAUGAUGGGGUUUUGUUGGAACUCCAGAACUAUAUAUAUAUAUAUAUAUAUAUAUAUGUGUGUGUGUGUGUGU